AUGGAAGCUCUUAUUGCUUCCCCUUCCUUCUUCCUCCCCAUUUCCAACUCUUCCUCAGACAAUAACAACAACCGAUUCUUCCCUUCUUCUUCUUCUCCGAACAUCAAUUUCGGAACUUUCCGGAAGAAUUAUUAUAUAUCUUCGUCGACGCACCUCGUUUACUCGUCUUCUGCAAUUUACGCACCGUCUUCUUCGAUUCCGCUCUCCCGAAACACCUAUUGGAUGGUGAUUUUGGAUAAACCUCCGCAAAGGGUUUCUUCCAAAUCUGAUAUCGUUGAUUAUUAUGUUCAGAUUCUUGCGGAAGUGUUGGGCAAGUGGAUGAGUAUAUAUGAUGCUUCCUUUGAUACCCAUUUCGGGUUUUGUUGUCAUAUCGACGAAGAUGCUUCACGUCAGCUCGCUCGUUUACCUGGAGUAGUAUCUGUUAGACCUGAAGCGGAUUACAGUACUGUGAGAAAGAACUAUGGCAUUGGAAACCAGACAUGUGUUUCCUCGUUUGAACAUGGGACAGUGAAACAUUGGAUGGUUCGAAUUGACAAGCCAGGAGUUGGGAUUGUUACUAAAGCACAGAUGGUUGAUCACUGUGUUCAAUUGCUAUCCAAGGUUUUGGGGAAUGAGAAGGAUGCACAGAUGUGUCUUUAUCAUAUUUCUUGGCAAUCCAAGUUCGGGUUUUGUUGUGAUCUCGAUGAAAUGUGCGCUGUGGAGUUGGCUGGUGUACCUGGUGUUCUUGAUGUUGUUCCUGAUAACUGUUUCGAUUCACCAAAGAAAGACUAUGAAGGCGGUAAUACACAAGAUUUAAACGAAGAUUAUGAGUCUCCUCCGGUUAAGACGAAGAAGCUGUUUAUAACUGGACUGUCUUUCUACACAUCUGAGAAGACACUGCGUGCAGCAUUUGAAGGAUUCGGGGAACUAGUUGAAGUCAAAAUCAUUAUGGACAAGAUAUCGAAGAGAUCAAAAGGCUAUGCCUUUAUAGAGUACACAACAGAAGAAGCCGCAAGCACUGCACUAAAAGUAAUGAAUGGAAAGAUUAUUAACGGGUGGAUGAUAGUAGUAGAUGUAGCCAAGACCAAACCAUUCAGGGGAAAACAGUAG